AUGAUUGAAAAAGUUCACGGUUUGCAAGCUACGAAUAUUUCUCUCAAUGAUCGGUUCACGUUAUUGGCUAACACAGCACCCAUCGCCCGCAUCGCUAGACCGCGGAGACGGUCCUCUGGAAUGUAUUCGCUAAACCAAAACGCCAAUCGGCUUCUGAUUGAACAAAUCGCACAACGUUUAGGACAGCAGUCAAAGCGGUAUGCUGUACAGCAAAGACUUGGUUUGACUGGACUGCGUCGAUUUGGAAGUGAGAGUAAUCUAGCUCGUCUGUCGAGAUCAAAUAGCUUUAGCAAUUUGAACCAAAAUGCCAAGAAUAGAUUGUCUUGGAGACAGUCAAAUGGCAAUAUAAGUUGGUCAUCAUUCCGAAGUGUCUCUCCAAGUCCGUGGCGAGGUCGCGGUUUCCGUCGUCGUGGUGGACGGAUGGGACUCACAAGAGGAAGAUUCAGAGGUCGCGGCGGUCGUCAGCAGCUAGUUGGUCGGUUGCGCAACCAACAGGGUAACCAGCAGGGUAGACAGCAGGGCAACCAAAGAGGACGAGGCCGUGGCAGAGGAAGGGGCAGAGGACGAGGCAGACAAGCCAGCGGUACCCAAAACCAAAAACCGGUUCUGACGAAGGAAGAAUUGGAUCUUCAGUUAGAUCAGUACAUGGCGAGCACUAAAACGGCUCUCGAUAAAGAGUUGGAUGAAUAUAUGAAGACAGCUAUGGAGGAAUGA